UUUUAAUUCAUCCAUGGAGUAAAGAGAACUCGAAGAUGGAGAUAUCGGAAAAACUAGUUUGGGUGGUGAAGAACUACUUCUUGAUUAUCGGCGUGGCUGCCUGGUUCCUCAUCCCCUACUCCCCCGACCUCCUCCCCUUGCUCCACCGCUACAGCUUGCUCAUCCCCUUCGCUCUCUGGCGCUGCAAGAAGAAAGUCGCCGUAAGUAAUGGCACCGUUGUUGAUCCUCAAGCUGCUCCGGCGACGAUGGCAUCCUCCGUGGAGAACUUCUACGACUUCCUGUUCUUCAAGCCGCAAGAGGAGGCGCAGCAGCAGCAGCGAGAGUACUGCCAUGUGGAUGAGCCGUCGGCGGCCUCUCAAGGGCCGGCGUGGUGGCUCAGAGAGCCUGUGUUAACGGUGGGGAAGGAGGCGGCGGUGGCGGCAGAGGAGGAGUUCUCGUGGGAUGGGGUGGCUGACUCGACGGCAUGGAAGGGUGCUGAUGUUGCGCCUUCAGCGCCGCCGAUCGCCACCGCCUACUCCGCGUCCUUCUUCGACGAGUGCUGCGGCCCUCCUUUGCCGAGCAAGGCGGAAGGCGGAUGGGAACAUAACAAGUCGAUGGAGGAGAUUUGGAAAACGAUCUGCAGGAUGAAGGAGGAGAAGGGGAGGAGGAGGAGGAGGGUGAAGGAGGAGGAGGAAGCAGGCGGCGGGAGGAGGAAAAGGGAGGUUCCGGCGGUGAAGAAGGACGAGCUUGUUGGGCCCGUGGAUGCGUUCAUCAAGAAGCAGCGCCAAGUUUUCGAAUUCGACCUCCAGCGAGAGGAGUCGCCAGUGCAACGGCCGCGCCGCGCCGUGGAAUUGGACCGGCGCCGCCAGCUUCCUCGGCCGUAGCACAACGCGCAUGCAUUCUCGCAUGAUAAGGAUAUGCGCGCAUUGGUAGAUGUAUAUGUAUAUCGCUCACGGAUACUUGGUACAUGCAACUCUGCGACUUCAUACAUAAUUGUGUUUGUACUUGGAAAAUGAUCUUGUACUUCAUAAUUAAAAGGAGAAGAUGCUAAUCUAAAUGCAUGAAAUAUAGAAAUAUAAAAUUUAU